AUGUUCUGCGUUGCUCAGGCCCAGACUGCUGGUGAGGAUAGAUGCAGAGCCUGUCAGAAUGCCCUCCAAACACUCAAUGAGCAUCUCCCAUUGAAGUCCACCCGUGAGGAACUUCAAAAGAUUCUCAAACAAACAUGUAACAAUCUUCUCCACAAGGUUGGCGAGAUUCUUCCCAUUGUCAACAUCAUCCUCCAAACUGUUCAUCUCCCAACUGAAGUUUGCAGCGUAAUCCAAGCCCAGGAUGAUCCAUUCAUCAAUGGAAUUCUCGACAACCUUCCAACAGCUCCAUUGUACACCAACAUUUGUGAGCGUGCUCAUCUGUGUGAGAAGAACAAGAAGAAGUAA